AUGAUAGCAGGUGGUAAUUUUGCCAGCGGUUUACUAUCUCCCUUCCUCGGCGCAUUGCAGGCCUGUAUCUCCGUUCUGCUCACGCUAUGCUACGGCGUCGUCGCGCGGAAGGCGCAAUUGAUCCGUGAGGGAUCGAUUAACGAUCUCUCGGGUCUCUGCGUCAAGGUGUUUUUGCCGGCUCUCAUCAUUAUCAAUUUGGGCUCUCAGCUGCAUUUGGGGAGUGUCUUGAAUUAUGUUCCUGUUUUAAGUGAACAAACACACUCAUUCUUUUUUUUAAGGACCAUGCUAAUGUUUAGGUAUACAGUAUGGUCCAUCCUAUACGCCUCGCUGUCUGUCGUUCUCGCCCACAUCGUCACAAAACUGCUGAAGCUGCCACCAUGGGUCACACCCGCAUGCGCGUUCAACAACACCACCUCCCUGCCAUUACUCCUGCUCCACUCCCUGAAAAGCACUGGCAGCCUGGAUAUUAUCACCCCCGAGGGCCAGUCCACUCAGGAAGCGAUCGAUAGAGCUCAGAGCUAUUUCCUGGUCUGCGCCGUCACCACCAAGACCAUCUCCUACGCCGUCGGACCCCGAAUGCUCCGGGACAUCGAAGACGAAGACCAGCGCGACCAGGGGCAGGACGAGCGUCGUGAUGAAGGAAGAGAUGGAGAGCAGCAGCAGCAGCAGCCGCCGCAGCGCCGCCCAACCGAAGAGGAGAUUGACGAGCAGACAUCUCUGCUGCCGGGCCCCGCGCAGAAACUCCGUCAUCAGGUCGGCAGCCCGAUCAAGCGCGCGGCCAGAUAUGUCUACUCGUUCUUCCCCGAGCGCGUCAAACAGGAGCUGACCUCCGUCGACACCGGGUUCGUCGACGUCGCGAUGGUCUGCACGAUCACGGGCGUGAUACUGGGGCUGGUGCCGAAACUGCACCGGGCGUUUUUCAACCCAAACGACGAGGGCGGCAUCUUCAACGCGUGGCUGACGUCCAGCAUUGAGAAUCUGGGCAAACUCUUCACCAGCUUGCAGAUCUUCAUGGUCGGCUGCAAGCUGGGUGUCAGCUUUGAGAGGAUGAAGCGAAGCAAGAACUCGGGGAAGGUCCCUGCCCGGGCGAUUCUCACCGUCUUUAUCAUUCGAUUGAUUAUUUGGCCAGUAAUCAGUAUAUCCGUCAUCUACAGUCUAGCCCUGAAGACACAACUCCUUCGAGACGACCCAAUGCUAUGGUUCACCAUGAUGGUGAUGCCAGCUGGGCCGCCGGCAUUGAUCAUCUCAGGACUGGCGGAGCUGGGGAAGGUGUCCGACAUUGAGAAAAUGGCCAUUUCCAAAGUGUUGGCAAUCAUGUAUGCCUUGUCGCCAUUCAUCUGUUUCACCAUUACGGGAGCUCUCAAGUGCUCUGAGGCGGUGCUCAAGUCUAAAUCUUAG